AGUAAUGCGAAGUAGGCCAGCUUAUGCACUGUUCAUAAUCGUACGGCUUCAUGCAUGCAAAACCCUUUGGUCACUUUAGAAAGGUAAAUUCCAAGUGUUCCUGCAAGCGUUGAGCAGCAACAGUCCCCCGGAGAACGCGGACCGUUUCUACCACUCGAGGAAGGGCUGUGACUGCUGCGCGGCCGACUCGAAGAAUAGCCUGCGAUGCGCGACGUUCGGCUGCAAGAGCAAGUGCCGCAACGAGUACGCCAGCACAUGCCUAGCAGGCAGGAACCCGCGCGUGGUCGCUUGCUACACGGUCGAGUUCAACUUCAAGACGACGGAGAACUACGCUGAGGUUCAGCAGUUCCUGCGUACGAACAGCUUCCACGACACCGGCUCGCCGAGGAGGGGCGGAGGAGGAGGCGGAGGCGGAGGCUACAAGCAGCGCUGCGUCAACUCGAUCGCCGACGCCAGCAGCAAACGCUACUGUUCGAUCAACUUCAACCCGCAGUUCUGCUGCAAGAAGUGUCCAGGCAUCUGCCCCGACUGA